CUUUAUCUGUAAAAAUAGAAGGAGAUUUGAAAGAAAUGAGCUUCAGAGUCUUAAUUUAAUGUUUGUUUAAUAUAUUUAAUAUAAUAUACAAUUUAAUAUAACAGUGUUUGUAUUUAUAACCCGCUUUCAAAUACAAUGCUCCAUGAAAUCCCCAUAAUUCUACAUUUGCAUAUAAGGAGAUUGAGUCUUUUUUUUUAGGAGAUUCCAUCUUAAAGAAGAUAAAGAUUGUCUUAAAACAUCCACUCAGCAAAUGAUUGAAUGAGGCCUCAGACACAGAUCAAACUUUUCUUUAAUUGCUAAGUGAUAAUGUCCCCCAGGUCUGAGUGGGAGGACUUUACCUCCGUCUUUGAAAGGGAGAGCGUAGCCCCUGGCCUCCCCUUCCUUGCCUCUCCUCUCAGAGCUGUUUCGCCCUCUUUUGUUCUGAGUUCUCCAUGUUUUCUUGCCUUCUCCCUCUCUCCUUCUCUCCAUCCCCUAUUCACCCUCCCCCGAGCCUCCUGCCUCCUCAGUUCCCCUUACCCAGGGGCCAGCCUCUCUCAGCCUCUCUCGUGGCUGGGAUCUGCUUUUAUGAAGAUGUGGUCUAGUUCCUAAAUGGGCCCCCAAAGCUCAUGUGUUGAGUGCCUGGUCCCCAGAGGAUAGUGCUGUUGGGAGAAUGUGAAAACCUUACAGAGUGUGGCCUAGUUGGGGGAAGUAGGUCAUUGUGGACAUGCCCUUGUGUAUCCUGGGGACCCUGGCCCUUUCCUCUUUCUCCCUUUGCCUCCUGGCAACCAUGAGCUGCGCGGCUCCUCCGCUGCAUGCUUCCACGGCCAUGAUAUUACUGCCUCACCACAGACCCAGGAGUGACUGAGCCAACCGUGGACUGAAACCUCUGAACCCAUGAGCCAAAAUAAAUCUCCCCUCCUUUUGACUGUCUCAAGUAUUUUAUUUCAGCAAUGAAAAGCUGACUAACACAUUGCCCCACUCUGCUGGGGUGAAUCUGUGGAUUGAUGAUGGCAGGAAGAAGGGAUACCUUGACAACUGGGUGGUAGUUUUUAGUCUAGUGCAUUCUUUCCCAAGCAUAGGGUGAAGAAUGACCUGUUUUGGAUCAAGGCACCGCUGUGGAAGAAAGGUUUGAUUCCAGUUCAGAUGCAUGGGCCCCAACCCAGAGACUAUUUUCACUAGGAUUAGAAAAGUACCCUGCCCAGUGGAGAGGAGGCCAUCUUUAACCGAGGCUCAAAGGAAAAAUGAGGAAGAGUACGUUUCCCAGUGUGAGGACACAGCAAGAAAGAGCCAUCCGUGGGGGAGCAGGUCCUCACCAGCCACCAAAUCUGCUGGCAUCUUGAUCUUGGACUUCCAGCCUCCAGAAAUCCUGAACAGACUUAAGAGGAGGGGAGUAAGGAAGGUGGCACUGGGAUCAAGGACAGCGGGUGGAGAGGCAAGGAUUCGACCAUGCAGAGGCCUGGCCUUGUGCUGGAGGACGGGCUCAUUUCACUGUCAACGGUUAGGUGGUUAUCAGUGAACCACAGCAGAAGGCCAGGACGGAAACCAAGACACCCACCCCAACUGUUAGGCCCUCCUCCACAACCACUUCCCCUCUGUAUGUGGAUGUGGUGGGAUGGGUGGGCAAUAUAAGCUUCACCCGGGUCCCUCCACACUCCAGGGCCCUGAGAGAAAGGCCAUCCCUGAACAUUUGGCUUCUGCCUCUGGGCUCACCCGCCUGUCUUCAGUGCCAUGGGAGGCUUUGAGGGUCAUCUGUACCCAGGGCUGUCUCUGUUCCUCUAUGGACUUUACCAGGCACAGCUCGUCUCUAGGGCCUUCAUCUGCAACUCCCGUGUCCAAUAUCCACCAUGUCGCCCUUGGGACCAAGGGAGAUGGGCAAGGCUACGGCAGAUCUAUUACAUUGGCCCCAUGAAGAUCCUAAGCGCCUUCAUUUUAGUAGCCCAAGAGUUGAACAGCGUGCACGGACAGCUGGUUCUUAUCAGCAAGAUGUAUCACCAGAGAGACUUUCUGUACCGCAAACAGUGGCAGCACCUCACUCUCUAUUUGACCUUCUUCCUGACGGGGUGUGCAGAUACGGUGAGCCAGAACCUGAUGCCCCAGAGGUGUGUGGCUCUGGAGCAAGGCACCCAAGCCCUGGGCAUCUUUCUGUUUCUGCCCCUGAUGGUGUCUCACAUGCAGGACACAGAAGGAGUAGAACUGCAGUUUCACAUCCUGCUCACCCAGGCCAUGUUCCUGCUAACGGUGGUAGUGACUGCAGAGCUCUGGGCUCCCAAUGCCAUGCUGAUAUGGACAAUGAAGGCCUUUUUGUACAUGAUCACAGGCUCUUGGUUGGUACAGAUAGGCUUUAUGUUGUUCAAGCCAAUCUCUGGCUAUAAAUGGAUGGAUGAUGACAAAAAUGACAUAGCCUUUGCCACCACUUUCUUCUGCUGGCAUGUGGUCUUCAAUGCCAGUUUGAUGAUCUGGAUCUAUGGCUUCUCUUUUUUGUGGUAUUGCUACAUUUUUAUUAAAGACUGAACCUGGAUGCGCCCCCUGGUGGUGCCCUGUGGCCUUCACACUCCAAGAUGUCUGGAUGAGAAGCUGUGAGAGGUGAGCGGCCAGGAAGCAGAACCUGGUGUCCUUCCUUCAUGGGGGUCCUACCUUGAAGCUGCAGACUCUGCUGGAAUGGACGUGCACCCUCUCCCUUCUGGCUUCCCUCAGCCUUGUUUGAACAGUGCAUAGCGGAAAGGUGAACAGAAUAAGAGUCCUGCCACUAAGACCUCCUCUCUCAACUCCCCAGGCGUUUCCCUCCUCAGCUCCAGCUACGGUACCUGCUUGCCCUGCACCUCUCUGUAUCGCUGACUCCCCUCCCAUGAGAACAUUAAAGAAAUUUUCUAUA